CUGAGGCUCUGAGCUGUAAUGCUCUCUCCUCAGUCAUUAAAGCCUGAGGGGGAAACUGAUGCACUGUCUGCAUCUCUGCAUGCUUAAGCCACCUCGCUGUAUUUAAUAUGAGAACGGGGGUAGAUCAGCACUUAGGGUGCAUUAAACAUUAUACUGCUGCCUUAUUGUUUAUGUUAGGCCAGUUCCCACAUUAGCUCAUACAUCUUGCAUGUUCUCUAAUGGCCGAGUUCGUUUCCUCCGUCGAGGUAGGAUUAACCAACACAUCAAAAACACUUUCUAAAAAUCUAUGUUUGUAAGUAAAGGAUAACUAGUUAGCUAGACGAUCAAUCACCACAGUUUAAAUCCUCUGACUCGUGUAAGGCAAAAUCAAGCAUAUUAGGGAAAAAUGAAGGCUAUUAUUUUGUAAAAUGUAUUUUAGUAGGCUGAUUUAUUGACGAUUGAGUACUAUUCUUCCAUAUACGCAACAUAGGAACUUGUUUGAUUUAUGACACACAAUUUUUAUCAAAAGAACACAAACAAUCACGCACUACGACAUCAAAUCUCCCUCUGAAAUACAGCUGUUACACUGCUCUUGUGGUGUGCAGCGGCCAAAUGUGUUUGGUUUUUUUGGAAAUUGCACCAUCCCAGUUCAUCAGUGCACCGUAGCUGUUUGACUCAGACAUUAAGUACAAGGCUAUUUACAUAAACCAUCGGCAGCAAUCAAAAUGCAUUUCUGGCCUGCCUUCUCUCCCUCUUCUUAAUAUUUAUCUCUCAACAAUUGAUUUGCCCUCCACCCCCCUUUCCUACUUGAACUGAGUCCAUUAUGUUGUGCAGAGUCAUCAGCUGUGAACUAUUCUCAAACACUUACAUUGUCCUCCGGCGGCACACAAUAAUACAACAUGGAAGCAUGAAAGGAGCAUUUUACAGAGGCUUCUUAUUGACCUCAAAGGUGUGCAGCUCAUCGUUCAGCACAGAUGUAACUGCCCUUUGCUUAACUACAGUGUCGUAAACAAAGCACCGGUUUAACAGUCACCGUUUUUUUUCGUCUUUAAGUGAAUCCUGCUGAGUUAUUGACUAUGUUGUGCGGCUGGUUGACGUAGGAGAAACAAGCAGCGCCACACAGGGCAGGGCCGGCUCCUUCUUUAUAAGUGCUGUUCAUAUCCUAGCCAUCAGCGGAUGUGGAUCAAUGCUUGGUUUUACAGCUUUGCAUCCUUGAAAUGACUGAGCAAAUACAGACUGUCAAUCAGGGACUAUUAGCAAAGAAAUUCCUUCAGUAGCAACCCCCUCCUGCCCCUACGAACCUCCAACACACACACUCAAACACACAGAUCAGGACAGAGAGGAGAUGGAGUGAGUGUGGGGUGGAGCCCCUGAGUUGAUGGAGUUGUUGGACAGAUCCUAAAAUGAACUAUCCAGGAGGUAAAACACCAGCUGUUGGAUUUUUUGGAAAGCUUUGGAUAAUUGAAGUCGAUUAACACUAUGAUUGUAAUUUUUCUGCACACAUGACAGACUUUUAAUCCAAACGAGGAUGCUCUGCAGGCAAAUGAGGAUUCUAUUUGUUGCUUUAUUGGUCAGUGGUUGAAGUCAGGGGUUUCUUUUAAGUGAUCCUGGACAAGAGCCCUGACGUGGCAGGAGGAAGUUGACAUCAAGUUUUUUUAAGAGGGCUUUUGCACAGGCGGUAUCUAAUGCAAGGCAACAAUGGGAAUGGAUGGCAUGGAAGUAAUUGCCAUUGCUGUUGUUAUCGGGCUGUUUUAUGUCGUGCUCAAACAGUUUGGAGUUUGGGAGCCCUUGUCACUCGAAGACAGCUGUGACGGAGAACUUGAACUCUCCAUGGUGCGUCACCAGCCCGAGGGCCUCGAUCAGCUCCAGGCCCAGACACAGUUCACCAGGAAGGAGCUCCAGUCGCUCUACAGAGGCUUUAAAAAUGAAUGUCCCAGUGGGCUGGUGGAUGAGGAAACGUUCAAAAGCAUUUACUCUCAGUUCUUCCCUCAAGGAGACGCAACCACGUAUGCACAUUUCUUGUUCCAAGCAUUUGAUAUGGACAGAAGUGGCUCCAUCCGGUUUGAGGACUUUGUGAUAGGACUGUCUGUGUUGCUAAGAGGCUCUGUCACAGAGAAACUUCGAUGGGCGUUCAACCUGUACGACAUCAACAAAGAUGGCUACGUUACAAAAGAGGAAAUGAUGGCAAUAAUGACGUCAAUUUAUGACAUGAUGGGCCGAUAUACCUUACCCAGUGUACGGGAUGAUUCUCCAUAUGAGCAUGUGGAGAGAUUCUUCCAGAAAAUGGAUCGGAACAGAGACGGCGUGGUGACUAUUGAUGAGUUCAUAGAAACCUGUCAAAAGGAUGAAAACAUUAUGGCUUCCAUGCAGCUCUUUGAGAACGUCAUCUAGUUUAGAGACGGGGAUCAGUAAAGCGCUUCCAGCUGCAAAUGAAAUAACUUCAUCCUUCCUGGAAAGGGUAAACCAGGUCAUGCAACAUAUUUGACUCAUUUUAACACACAGUGGAAACAACUAUUACUUUUCCCGUCCAACUGUUCUAUGCAGAGAAGUGUGCAGAAAUCACCACAAGCGUUUUUUUGCAUGACAAUUGUUUUUAUGUACAUGAAGGGAAUGUGAAAAAAGUCACCAUACCAGAUGAGCAUGAGUGAAUGCCCAACAAAGCAUGUGAUGCAAACUACAUUGAAGACAAACAAAAAGUAUAUUUAUGUUUGAGUUCUACAGAUUGUUGUGUCCUAAAUGUGACCCUGUCAUUGACAUGUUGAUGCAAAACCUGCUGAAAUAAAUAAACUACCUUCACAUUCUGAAA